AUGAGCAGGUUCUCAUCCCACCACCAAUUCGCGUCACCCUCGUCGUCUCCGUCGUCUCCACCUUCCUCUGUAUCCUCCUCUCCGUUCACCCCAGCGGGAAACUUUGACGACUACCGCCACACGCCCCCAUCCCGGCCCACAUCGCAGCCCGCUGCUGCUUACGAAGGCCAACCCCAGCCUCAGGGACGCCACUUCCAAUGGGAGUCUGCCGGCCCAGUGGAGCUCGAGGUGUGGGACGGGGGACCUGGAGGCGAGACGUGCAUGACCAUCCGCGAGCACAUUCCGAUGCUGAACCCGGACAUGUGCGACCAUUGCUACUACGCCGACUUCGAGUACUGCAUACACGUGGAGCCCCUGACGAUGCUGAAGGAGUCGACAAUGUUUCUCAACAGGCCGUCAUCGGAAGGCGAAGAGGACGAGAGCAGGUUUUCUGUGGCCGACACACCGAGGAUAGAGCAGUUCUCCCCAUAUCCCCCGCCACCACCUCCCAUGGUCUUUGUCGACGCACCCCACGUUCCUUCCUCGCAGCAAGUGCCAUUGUCUCCUAUGCACACAGCCGCUUCUCUUGCCGCGUCCCACUCCGGUAGUCCAGUCGAGGAGAUCUUUACCCACCAGACGCAGCCUUGGACACAUGUAUCGUCGACCGGACUUCCACCGUGCAGUUCACCUCCCCCGACGCCUCGUCUCGCGCCGUGGGAACUUGCUGGUGCCGAGAAUUCCCUGCAUCUCAACGCGAACCCGGUGCAAGACGCUCCUCAAGGUCCUGCACCCACAGCUUCGCCUCGUCUACCACGCUACCUCGCUCUACGCUCUCCUGCAGCAUCACCCAAGCCUGCAUCUCCUCGCCAGCUUCCCCGCACGCACUCUCCGUCCCCUUCGCUGAAGUCGUCAGUGUCAACGCUAUCGCCUAAUGUUGGACCGCUCCCCUCAUGCAAGCCUCCAGCUUCACCUCUCCCGACCUCCUAUCCGCUUCCUCCUUCGCCUUCGCCUUCACCCAGGCCCGCAUCGCUACCCCUCGGCACCAAUGCCAAGACCGCCACCCCAUCGCCCGCAAAGGAGCCGCCGACGCGCAGCAACACGCAGAGCACGUCGCUCUCUGCCCUUACAAUCCUUGCCACACCCGCCGAGUCGCGUAGGCGCUCCCGGGCGAGCUCGGAUUCGAACGUGGUGCGUGACGAUACCGACCUGCGGCGCAUGCUCGGCAUCCAGCGCCGGUCGUACGCUCAUGCCCACGACGCGCCGGGGGCAGAGGGCGGGGACAGCAACAACAGCGCCGACUCACGGCGGGAACGCGAGCAGGUGAAGAUCAACGUCGUUCCGCCCUCCGACGACCCCAGUGGCGGCAGUGCUCAGGGCGAUGGCUCGCUGAAGAACUCUGAGAUCAGCUCCUCAGACAUGCUCAGAGUCGACGUCAACUUCCGCUCCUCGAGCCCGCACAUUCGCUCGCGCAAGCAUGUCACCCUUGUCUCACCCACGUCGACAUCGUCGACUCCGCUUUCGGGGGUGACCGCUCUGCCUAACCCUUUCUCCCCAAUGUGCGGUGGCAACCUGGCCAUCUCGCCCGCAUCGGCUGCGUCGAACACGGUCGUGGGCAGCGACGACGGGUACGAGAGCGCUGGGCUGCGGCGGGCUCGCAAGCACGAUAACGGAGGUGAUGCACGGAGGAGCACCCCGAAGGCGCCUGUUCGCGAGGACGCCACAGCCCCCUCUCCGUCCCGAGACUCCCCACCCAGUCUGAGGCCGAUCCCCAGGCGCUCAAGCCUCUUCGCCACCGACGAAGAACCCCAUCGCCCCGACGCGCCCGCGUCGAGCGUCUCAGCAUGGCUCGCGAGCCACUCCGACGAGGCAUACGAAGAGAGCGAGCUCAGCUUCGGAGGCUCGUCCGCCGCCCCGUCCUCGCCCGCCACGCGCUUUCUGCAGCCCGAGAUCGGGUUCGACGAGUGGCUCGCCGCGCAUUCGCCCGGUGUCUCGCCGGCGCCGGCGCUUGUGGAUCUGGACGCUGCGAGUCCGGCGCCUAGGCGGGCGAAGGUCUCGUCCAGCGAGUGCGAGUGGGAGGAAGAGGGCGCUGGGAGGAUUAUGCGGAAGCUGGCGAUGGAGCGGCAGCGGUGUGAGAUCGCGAAACUUGCUGAGUGUGCUGUGCUCGCGAGCGUUAUCCGACGCGACGUCUCGCAAGCGUAUGCACACCUCGAUAAGGCAUUAUCGACUGCUCUUGAGGCACUCGACUACGAUCUUGUGCUCAUGGGUCAUCACCAGGAGAGGCGUUGGGCAAACGAGUUUGUUGAUGUCUUGUGCUCGAUGCGAAGAUCUGUUGCCCGUACUAUGGCACACAUAGAUGAGAUACCACGCGCGGAUCAUAUUGUCGCACACACAGCUAAGAUCACCGAUCUCGCAUCGCAGCUCGAGUCGCGGAGCGACAAGGUCAAGCGCUCUGUCAACAGCGUAAAGCUCUUCCAGCUGAAGACGCAGCUCCGUGAGGAGCAGGACACCUUGCAGCGCACGAUGCGGCGCGAGCAAGCGCGGCGCGAGGCGUUCGAUGCCGAAACACGCAAAGAGAAGCUGGCGCAGAAGGAGAAGAUACGGCGGUACGAGGCGCUUUCGGACGCUACCCAUAGGCGUGCGCCCUCAGCGCCGUGAAUUUUAAUCAGGAGCGGGGAGGAUGGAGGUAUAGAUUCUUUUAGUGUUGGUUUGAUGUUGAUGUUUAAGGUAUCAUAACUUCCGCUUUGGUUUAUGGGACGUAUAUUACGAAUUCUGACGUAGGUUUACUCGGUCACGAUUAGUUCAUGUUUGUACGGCUGUGUUACGAUACCCUACGAUACCCU